UGCUGCGGAAUCUCUCAGACCGCUACUACCGCUGUUUUGUAUUUUUUUUAAUAGCACGCCCCUCAUUAAAUAGUUUUUUAACUGUAGUUUUUGAUAGCUUGUUCCCUUCUCAUCAAUCUUUACGCCAUUAUUCCCUUCUCUGCCCUCCAUCCAAACAGGCGUAAGUAUUUUAAUCCGAUUCCGAAUCCUGCGGAAUCUCUGACCGCUACUACCGCUGUUUUGUAUUUUUUAAUAGCACGCCCCCUCAUAGUUUUUGGUAGUUUGUUCCCUUCUCCUCAAUCUUUCGGCCAUUAUUCUCUUCUCAGCUUUAGGUUGGGAGAGGUUUUUGAUACGCAAAAGAUUAAUUGUGGACUGUAGAUUUAGAUAAAAUGUAUUCUUCUCUGGGGAAACCGACCAACAUAUUCUGGCAAGAAUGCCCAGUUGGGAAGGCGGAUAGGCAGAAGCUCCUUAAUCAGAAGGGCUGUGUUGUUUGGAUCACCGGGCUGAGCGGCUCAGGUAAAAGCACUCUCGCAUGUACAUUAGGACGAGAGUUGCACAAUAGAGGAAAGCUGUCUUAUAUCCUCGACGGUGACAACCUUAGGCAUGGUCUAAACAAGGAUCUUGGCUUUAAAGCCGAGGACCGGACAGAAAAUAUACGCAGGGUGGGUGAAGUAGCAAAACUCUUUGCAGAUGCGGGGUUAAUCUGCAUGGCAAGUUUAAUUUCUCCAUAUAGGAAAGACCGUGAUUUUUGUCGCUCAAUUUCAUCAGAUGCAAGCUUCAUUGAAGUUUUCAUGAAUAUGCCUUUGGAAUUGUGUGAAGAAAGGGAUCCAAAAGGCCUUUACAAGCUUGCUCGAGCUGGAAAAAUAAAAGGUUUCACUGGAAUAGAUGAUCCAUAUGAGCCCCCUCUAAAUUGUGAGAUAGAGAUACGACCAGAGAAUGGAGUUUGUCCCUCUCCAUGUACAAUGGCCGAGCAAGUUGUCACUUACUUAGAGGAGAAGGGCUUUUUGCAAGAGUAGCGCGCGCAAAGUUGAAUUCCUUGCUAAGCCAAUACCGAGUAACGAAAUCAUUGUUCCCAACUUGUCUCUGACGAAUUGAUGGUGUCCUUGUCUUGCUGUGACAUUCUUCUUCUUCUUCCUCCUUUUUUCUUUUCUUUUCUUUUUUGGGGUGCCCAUUUACAUGCUCCCAAAUGCAUCCAGAUGGAUGCUUAUUUUUUUACAUGAGCAGGAAUCAGGAAAUGUGUUGUAUCUGUAACUUAAAUAUAUUUGGAGGGGAGUUGAUGAUAUUAUUUAUUCUCAAAUAUCUGGAGGUUCUUUCACCGCAAAUC